GUUCUUCCCUUUUUCUUUCUUCAAUUACACACUGACGCCAUUGAAGACGAAAGUGCGCGCUCAGAAGAAUUCCAGGCUCAGAUCUCCGAUCAAAAACCCUAGAAUUCCGACUCUGCGAUCCGAUCAGUAAGGCGAGUUCGCUGAAGGUGAUGGGCAGGCCUUACCACCGGCAUCCCAAUUAUUGGAUUAUAGAGUAUUGAUUCAUAUAGACAUCUUGGCGGUGAGAGCAUGAAUAUCGUCAAGGGUGUUGCUGACCUUAUUCGAAGGACAUCCAGUGGCCACGAUGGAGAUUCUUUCUCAGGGUCGCACUCCCAGAGGUUCUCUGCCCCUGGUUUGAGGAUCCGCUUCAGUGAAGUUGGAGAUGAGGCCGUUCUAAAUAUACUUUGGGCUAGAUAUCAAAAAGCUGUCGAUAAGGUGGAAAAGAGGAGGCUGCUUCAUGUUUUUCUCAAGCAGUUCCUAGUUGUAUACAAGAACUGGGAACCAGUAAAUUCUGACCAAAAUUCAGAGGCUGCUUCGACUACCAUCCAACAUGCAGAGUCUGAUGAUGUAGUUAUUGGUUGCUUUGCUGGACAUCCCGCAGAAGUCAUCUUAGUAUUGACUGAAGAGAUUACACAAUUAACUGCUAUGGUUGUUGAAUUAAAUAGCAGUACAGUCCGAUCAGCAGACUUCUGUGGCCAUUCCACAAUCUUAAAUAUCAUUUCUGAAGGGAUUCCACUCCUUGAUGCUCUUCUGAUUGUUAAUCGUUCGCUGCAAAAUUGCAGAGUUUUGGGAUACUAUGGUGGCAUUCCAAAGCUAACGGCAUUAAUGAAAGGGGUUGUUGUCCAACUUAAAACAAUAAGUUGCGCACUUUCAGCUGACGAAAAAUUAUCUAAUUUUACCGUGGAGAAGACAGGACUCCUGCAACAAAUACUUGUAUAUGUGGUGUCAAUAAUAAGUACUUUUAUUGAUUUGAAUUCAAAUGUAAAUGAGAAAUGUCAGUUGUAUAGUAAUACCAUAGGCUUUGUCUCGGGGGGUGGUGCAUCUCCUGUCGAUUCUUCUAGUAGUUCAAAUGCUCCCCCUAGUGAAAUAUUGUUACGUUGGCAUCAGAGGGCAGUUGUGUCUGUGAUGGAAGCUGGUGGACUUAAUUGGUUAGUAGAGCUGCUGCGUGUGAUCCGAAGCUUAAGCAUGAAAGAACAGUGGACAGAUACAUCACUUCUGUAUUUGUCUUUGAGAAUUCUUCAUUCAACAUUAUCUCAGAACCCUCGUGGUCAAAAUCUUUUUAAAAGCAUUGGAGGACUUGAAGUUCUAUUGGAUGGUCUUGGAAUACCAUCAAAUAAUGGGCUAAUAUUGAAAAACUCUGCUUGUGCUGCUGACAAUAGAUCUGAGAAUCCCUUGAUAAAAAUCUUCCAGCUGCAUGUUCUCUCCUUGGAAGUUCUCAAAGAGGCUGUCUUUGGGAAUUUCAGCAACUUGCAAUUUCUAUGUGAAAAUGGAAGGGUUCAGAAAUUCGCAAAUAGCUUUUGUUCCCCUGCUUUCACGUUUCACGAGUAUAAACAACACACCAAGGGAUUGUCUGGUCAGCAAGGUUCUCAAAUGCCUGAAGUUGACUUUGGAACUGGCAAUACUGUGAAUAGCCGCAUUGCAGAGGUUUCUGUUGCUCUUCCUGCCGAUGGUUCUUACUCUCAAGUUUGGAAUGAUUAUGUUCUUAAGUUGAGCGGAGUAUUUUGUUCUUUCCUUCCCUCUUCAGAAGAUAUAAAAUCUCAUGAUGUUGAACUGUCCACUGGUCGAAUUACUGUGCCAUUUUCUUCAUCGUAUGGUGAACUUUCAGUGGCAUGGAUCAUGAGGGUUCUUCAAACAGUGUUCCCCUGCAUUAAGGCCUGUUCAGAUCAAAAUGAUUUAAAAAGCCACUUAAGGGUCUUUGUCACUGCGCUGCAGCACUCUGUAUUAAAUGCAUUUAGGAUGGUUCUUGAUGCAUCCCCUGUUUCACUCAAAGUAUUUCAAAACGAGGGAAUCUGGGAGCUUAUAUUUUCUGAGAAUUUUUUCUAUUUUGGACCAGCUCCUGAUGAUCUUUCUGGAGAGUGCUGUACAUGUAUUGAGUCCCUGAGGAAAAAUGGAAUGCUUUCUUCUUCUUGUGACAUCAUCAGUCAAGCAAGAGUUUGUGGGAUUGAAGUUCUCCAAAUGGAUGUGAUUUCAUUUUUGGAGUUUGCUGCAACUUCUAAUGGGAGCCCAGACAAUUCGCCUGAAUUAUCUGCUCUCGUAGAAGCCCUUGAACAGUGUGCUUGCAAUCCUGAUGUUUCUAGUGCACUUGCCAAGUGUUUGCUUCGCAUAUUAAAGCUUUCAGCUGAGAAAACUAUUGCUUCGUUUAAAGCAGUUAAUUCAUUUCCUCGUGUGCUUAAGGUUGUUUGCAUUCAAUCCCAAGAGUCAAGAAGGUCUAGCAAUAUAAUCCUUUCUGUUGAGAGUAAUGUCGGUGAAGUGGUUCCAUGUCAGCAGAAGAGAUCUAAGUCACAUGAGACAACGCAGAGAUGGAUCAAAUGCAUGGAAACAUCCAUGGAGCUUUAUAUGGAGUUUUUCUCUACAAUAGAAGAUGCUGGAAGUUUGGUUUUGCAUAGCUCUGAAUGUAUUGGUCGGUUGUUUGAUUUAUUCUGGAUAGAAGGUUUGAGAAAUAAAGUGCUAAAGCAUAUUCUUGAUCUCAUGAAGAUUGUACCAUCAUCUGAAGAAGAUCAAAGAGCAAAGUUGCAGUUAUGUUCUAAAUACGUGGAAACAUUCACUCAAAUAAAGGACCGGGAAAGAAACUUUGUUGAGCUAUCUAUCAAUUUACUAGCUGGAAUGCAAGAUAUGCUCCAGAUUGAUCCUGUGUCCUAUCAGACUUUGUUUCGUGAGGGAGAGUGCUUUUUGCACAUUGUCUCUUUACUAAAUGGUAACCUUGAUGAUGCUAAUGGAGAGACUUUGGUUCUGGGUGUCCUUCAAACUCUUACCUGUUUGCUUGCAAGCAAUGACACAUCAAAGGCCACAUUUAGAGGUCUUGCGGGCAAGGGGUACCAGACAUUGCAAAGUCUAUUGUUGGAGUUUUGCCAGUCUCGCUCAAGUGAAGGACUUUUGAAUGCGCUGCUUGAUAUGCUUGUUGAUGGAAAGUUUGAUAUGGAAGCAAGUCCUAAAAUAAAGAAUGAAGACGUGAUCAUACUUUAUCUCAGCGUCCUGCAGAAGAGCAGUGACUCGUUGCAGCAUAGUGGGCUUGAUGUGUUUCAGCAAUUAAUGAGGGAUUCCAUUUCCAAUCGAGCUUCUUGUGUCAGAGCAGGAAUGCUCGAUUUUCUACUUGAUUGGUUUUCACAAGAAGGUAAUGAUAGUGUCAUCUUGAAAAUUGCCCAAUUAAUUCAAGUUGUUGGUGGGCAUAGCACAUCUGGGAAGGACAUUCGCAAAAUCUUUGCCCUCCUUCGAAGUGAGAAAAUUGGGAAUCAGCACAAGUAUUGCUCACUGUUGUUGUCCAGUGUUUUGUCAAUGCUAAAGGAAAAGGGACCUACUGCCUUUUUUGACCUCAAUGGGAAGGAUUCUGGGAUCGUGAUUAAAACACCUGUUCAGUGGCCACUCAACAAGGGAUUUUCUUUUUCAUGUUGGUUGAGGGUAGAGAAUUUCCCCAGAAGUGGGACAAUGGGUCUUUUCAGUUUCCUUACAGAAAAUGGAAGAGGGUGCAUGGCGGCACUAGCGAAGGACAAGCUUCUGUAUGAGUCCAUCAAUCUGAAGCGACACUCUGUCCAGCUGCAGCUAAAAAUUGUCACAAAGAAAUGGCAUUUGCUAUGUAUAACUCAUAGCAUAGGAAGAGCUUUUUCAGGGGGUAGCUUAUUGAGGUGUUACGUUGAUGGUGAUCUUGUUUCUUCUGAAAGAUGCAGUUAUGCGAAAGUUAACGACUUGCUAACAAGUUGUACAGUUGGCGCCAAAUUUGACGGGCCCCUGUCUGAUGAUGAUUUAUCUUUGAAAUCCAUAAGGGAUUCGCAUCCUUUUCUUGGUCAGGUUGGUCCUGUUUAUCUGUUCAAUGAUGCCAUUUCUUCUGAGCAAGUUCAGGGCAUCUGUUCUCUUGGACCAAGCUACAUGUAUUCAUUCCUUGACAAUGAAGCUUCAUCAUCUAAUGAAACUAAGCUCGGAGGGGUUCUUGAUGUCAAAGAUGGUCUUGCAUCGAAAAUUAUUUUUGGACUUAAUGCUCAGGCAAGUAAUGGCAGGACACUAUUUAAUGUUUCACCAAUGCUGGAUCAUGCAUCAGAUAGGAACUCAUUUGAAGCAACCAUGAUGGUUGGCACGCAACAAUGCUCGAGACGCUUACUGCAACAGAUAAUUUACUGUGUGGGAGGGGUAUCAGUUUUCUUCCCUCUUAUUGCCCAGUCUGAAAAAUAUGAAAAUGAAGAAAGUGGGCAAUUUAAAGAUACAUUUCCUAUACCUAUAACUAGAGAUCGGGUGACUGCUGAAGUCAUUGAGCUAAUCGCUUCUGUGCUUGAUGAGAAUGUAGCUAAUCAACAACAGAUGCAUCUUCUCUCUGGGUUCUCAAUACUGGGAUUCUUGUUGCAGUCAGUUCCUCCUCAGCAACUUAAUUUGGAAACACUUUCAUCUCUAAAACAUUUCUAUCAUAUCGUUGCAAACUGUGGCUUGGCUGAACUGCUUACCAAAGAGGCUAUAUCUAGCAUAUUUCUUAACCCUCUCAUCUGGCUGUACACGGAUUAUAAGGUGCAGCGAGAAUUAUACAUGUUUGUCAUCUGGCAGUUUGAUAAUGAUCCAAGGAUGCUUAAAAGCCUUUGCCGGCUCCCCCGUGUUAUUGAUAUAAUACGCCAAUUCUAUUGGGAUAAUCCAAAAUCUCGAUUUGCUAUUGGAAACAUGCCUCUCAUUCAUCCCAUCACAAAACAAGUUCUUGGAGAGAGACCUAGUAAUGACGAAAUACAUAAAAUUCGUCUUCUUUUGUUGAGCCUUGGUGAAUUGAGCCUUAGGCAGAACAUUGCAGGGGCAGAUAUAAGAGCUCUGAUAGCUUUCUUUGAGACAAGUCAGGAUAUGACCUGCAUUGAAGAUGUUCUACAUAUGGUUAUUCGAGCGAUUUCUCAAAAGCCACUGCUUGCAGAUUUCCUUGAACAGGUCAAUUUGAUUGGUGGCUGUCACAUAUUUGCCAAUCUUCUUCAGAGAGAACAUGAACCUAUCAGAUUACUUAGCUUGCAGCUCCUUGGAAGGCUUUUAGUUGAUCUCCCAUCUGAGAAAAAGGGAGCAAGAUUUUUCAAUCUUGCAGUCGGAAGGUCCAGAUCUCUUUUUGAUGGCCAUAAAAAAAUCUCAAAGCAACCAAUUUUUUCAGCCAUGUCUGAUAGAUUAUUUAGGUUUCCACAAACAGAUAACUUGUGUGCCACUCUGUUUGAUGUUCUUCUUGGUGGUGCUAGCCCUAAACAGGUAUUACAGAAGCACAACCUGGCUGAGAAGCAGAGAAGCAAAGGACAUAUGUCACAUUUUCUCCUUCCUCAAAUUUUGGUUCUUAUAUUUAGAUUCCUGUCUGGCUGUGAGGAUGCGGCUUCAAGAAUGAAAAUUAUCAGAGAUUUACUUGAUCUUCUUGAUUCGGAUCCUUCAAAUGUCGAAGCAUUUAUGGAUUUUGGAUGGAAUGCCUGGUUAACAGCUUGUGUGAAGCUUGGUGUGUUCAAAGACUACAAAGUUACUCCAGAAGAUCAAGAUCACGAUGAGAAAACAGAACAAGAUUUAGUGCGGAAUAUAUUUUGUGUUGUUCUUUGUUACUAUGUUCAUUCUGUGAAAGGUGGGUGGCACCAGUUAGAAGAGACGGUAACUUUCCUGCUAAUGCAGUGUGAACAUGGUGGAGUUUCAUUUCGGUACUUGCUUCGUGACAUAUAUAAGGAUCUGGUCAGGGGAUUGUUGGAAUUGUCUUCUGAAGAGAGUAUUUUUGUGUCGCAACCGAGCCGGGACAACACAUUAUACCUUCUAAGACUGAUCGAUGAGAUGCUCAUUUCUGAAAUGGACCAAAACCUUCCGUUCCCAGCAAGCACUACAGAUUUCUCUCUUGAUUCGUUAGAGUUAGAACGCCAUAAAGAUUAUGGUUCUGCCUUGUUUGAAGUGCUGCAUGGAGAAAAUGACAGCCAAAUAUCGAGGACUUCUGGGAGUUGCAAGCAGCCUGUCAAAAGUGAAGAUGCCAUUGUCAGUGACAAGUGGUGGGAUCUGUAUGACAGUUUGUGGAUUAUUAUUAGUGAGAUGAAUGGUAAGGGACCGAGCAAGUCGUUAUUGAAAUCAUCACCAACUGCAGUUCCAUCUUUUGGUCAGAGAGCACGUGGCUUAGUAGAAUCGUUGAACAUUCCUGCUGCAGAGGUGGCUGCAGUUGUUGUAUCAGGAGGGAUAGGCAGUGCAUUAGGUGGCAAACCAAACAAAAAUGUCGAUAAGGCAAUGCUCUUACGAGGAGAGAGGUGUCCAAGAAUUAUUUUUCGACUUGUAAUCCUAUAUCUCUGUAGAUCUUCUUUAGAAAGAGCAUCGCGAUGCGUCCAACUGGUCAUUCCACUUCUGCCAUUUCUCUUAUCAGCUGAUGACGAGCAAAGUAAAAGCAGAUUGCAGCUGUUCAUCUGGGCAUUGCUUGUUGUUAGGUCGCAGUUUGGAAUGCUAGAUGACGGUGCUCGUUUUCAUGUUAUAUCGCACUUGAUUCGAGAAACUAUCAGCUUUGGUAAAUCAAUGCUUGCUAGUAGCAUUAUGGGUAGGGAGGAUUCGUUGGAUUCAGGCAGCAAUGUAAAAGAAACCGGAUCCAUUCACAAUCUGAUUCAGCGAGAUCGAGUACUUGCAGCAGUUGCAGAGGAGUUAAAAUAUAUAAAGUCAUUAGAUGCUGAUCGCCAAAGGCAGCUGCAUGAACUCCACUCCAGGAUGGAUGAAAAUGCCUCUGCAGAAUCAAAUGAUAGAAAGGCUUUUGAAGAUGAGAUACAAAGUAGCUUAACCUCCAUUCUUGCUUUGGAUGACAGCAGAAGAGCUGCAUUCCAGCUAACUCACGAGGAGGAGCAGCAAAAUGUUGCUGAGAAAUGGAUACACAUGUUUCGUGCUUUGAUUGAUGAGAGAGGUCCAUGGUCUGCGAACCCUUUUCCAAAUAGUGCUGUAAGGCAUUGGAAACUUGAGAAGAUAGAAGAUACCUGGCGACGGAGACCAAAACUGAGACAGAAUUAUCAUUUUGAUGAAAAGUUGUGCCAACCUUCAUCCUCUGUCUCCAGCAUUGAGAUUACACCUCCUUUUAAUGAAAGUAAAUCUGCUUUUGUUGGCCACAUUCCUGAGCAAAUGAAGCGGUUUUUGCUAAAAGGAGUAUGGAAGAUUACUGAUGAGGGGAGCUCAGAACCCAAUGAAACUGAUACCGAGCUCAGUGGACAGAAGCCGUCCAUCCACACAGAUACCUCAGACAGCCAGACCUCAGAAUUAGCAAAGGACACCAGUGAUUGGAUACAGGAGAGGAAAGAUUCGUCUUCCCCUUCACAUGAGACAGAAACUAGUGAGGUUCUUACAUCAGUUCCUUGUGUACUUGUAUCCCCAAAAAGAAAAUUAGCUGGACAUUUGGCGGUCAUGAAAAACGUCUUGCAUUUCUUUGGAGAAUUUUUGGUUGAAGGUACUGGAGGAUCAUCCAUUUUCAGAAACUUCCCUGCUUCAAGCAAUUUUGAUUUGACCAAACCUGAUCAAAAGCAGAAAUUUAUAAAACAACCAAUAUGCUUUGGUUUGGAUGCAUCGAAGGGCACCGUGGUUCAGAAAUUUGAGGCAAUAGGUGAAAAUGUUCUCAAAAGAAAGGAGCUAAAAAAUAUUAAACGCCACAGGAGGUGGAACAUGGGCAAGAUUAAAUCUGUUUGUUGGACGCGUUAUUUGCUUCGGUAUACUGCAAUAGAGAUUUUCUUCUGCGAUUCAUCUGCACCGAUAUUUUUGAAUUUUGCAUCACAGAAGGAUGCAAAAGAUAUUGGAACCUUAAUAGUUGCUACCAGGAACGAAUAUUUGUUUCCAAAAGGAAGUGGUAGGGAUAAAAGUGGAGCUAUUUCAUUUGUUGAUAGACGUGUAUCCUUGGAAAUGGCAGAAGCUGCCCGAGAGAGCUGGAGGAGAAGGGAUAUGACAAAUUUUGAAUAUCUAAUGAUCCUUAAUACGCUGGCUGGAAGGUCUUAUAAUGAUUUGACACAAUAUCCUGUGUUUCCUUGGGUCUUGGCUGAUUAUUCCUCGGAGGUUCUUGAUUUCAACAAGUCUUCAACCUUUCGGGAUCUUUCAAAACCAGUUGGAGCACUUGAUUUAAAACGAUUUGAGGUGUUUGAAGAUAGAUAUCGUAGCUUUACUGAUCCUGAUAUACCUAGUUUCUACUAUGGGUCUCAUUAUUCAAGCAUGGGGAUAGUGCUUUAUUACCUUCUCAGAUUAGAGCCAUUUACUUCUCUCCAUCGCAAUUUGCAGGGUGGUAAAUUUGACCAUGCAGAUCGUCUCUUUCAAAGCAUUGAGUCAACUUAUCAGAACUGCCUUUCUAAUACAAGUGAUGUGAAGGAGUUAAUACCUGAGUUCUUUUAUAUGCCAGAGUUUCUUGUGAAUUCAAACUCCUAUCAUUUAGGGGUGAAACAAGAUGGUGAACCUAUUGGAGAUGUUUGUCUCCCUCCCUGGGCCAAGGGCUCACCUGAAGAAUUUGUUAACAAGAACAGAGAGGCCCUUGAAAGUGAAUAUGUUAGCUCUAAUCUACACCAUUGGAUAGAUUUAGUAUUUGGUUACAAACAGCGUGGAAAACCUGCUGUGGAGGCAGCAAAUAUUUUUUAUUACUUGACCUAUGAAGGCGCUGUUGAUCUGGACACCAUGGAAGACGAUUUACAAAGAUCAGCAAUUGAAGACCAAAUUGCAAAUUUUGGACAAACACCAAUUCAGAUUUUCCGUAAAAAACACCCAAGAAGAGGACCACCCAUUCCAAUUGCUCAUCCUCUGCGCUUUGCACCUAGUUCUAUUAACAUGACUUCCAUUGUUAGUAGUGCAAGUCAACCAAGGUCGUCUUCAUUGUAUAUUCGUACAGUGGACUCAAAUAUUGUUGUUGUAAACCAGGGGCUCACCUUGUCAGUUAAGACGUGGUUGACAUCCUCACUGCAAUCUGGUGGAAAUUUUACCUUCUCUGGCUCCCAGGAUCCUUCUUUUGGCAUUGGUUCUGAUGUCCUUUCUCCGCGUAAAAUUGGGAGUCCUUCUGCUGAAAAUGUUGAACUUGGACCACAAUGCUUCGCAACAAUGCAAACAGCAUCGGAGAAUUUUUUGAUCUCAUGUGGCAAUUGGGAAAAUAGCUUUCAGGUUAUAUCCUUGAAUGAUGGCAGAGUGGUGCAAAGCAUCAGGCAGCAUAGGGAUGUGGUCAGUUGUGUUGCAGUAACAUCUGAUGGACGCUUCCUUGCAACUGGAAGUUAUGACACUACAAUCAUGGUCUGGGAAGUUUUCCGAGGUAGAACACAAGAAAAGAGACCACGUAAUACACAGACGGAACUACCCCGUAAAGAUUAUGUCAUUGUUGAAACUCCUUUUCGUAUUCUGUGCGGACACGAUGAUAUAAUUACAUGCUUAUAUAUCAGCGUAGAGCUUGACAUAGUUAUCAGUGGAUCGAAAGAUGGAACAUGUGUUUUUCAUACCCUGCAGAAGGGAAGAUAUGUAAGAUCCGUGCGACAUCCUUCUGGAUGUGCGUUAUCAAAGCUUGUUGCCUCUCGGCAUGGAAGGAUAGUGUUUUACGCAGAUGAUGAUCUCAGUUUGCAUCUUUAUUCAAUUAAUGGUAAACAUCUUGCUUCUUCUGAAUCCAAUGGCCGCCUCAACUGUGUUGAGCUGAGUGGGUGUGAGGAAUUUUUGGUUUGUGCUGGUGACCACGGGCAAAUAGUUGUACGCUCCAUGAAUUCACUUGAGGUCAUAAAGAAAUAUAAUGGAGCUGGAAAGAUCAUAACAUCUCUAACAGUGACCCCAGAAGAAUGCUUCUUAGCUGGAACAAAAGACGGAACCCUUCUUGUGUAUUCUAUAGAAAAUCCUCAACAUCGCAAAGGUGCCCUUCCUCGAAAUUCAAAAUCCAAACCCUCUUGAACAGGAUAGAUCAUUCCUUUGCACUUGAAGUCAUGCAGCUAAAAAGGCGAGCAAUGAUCAAUGAUGUAAAUCCCAGCCAGCAAGAUGUUCAUCUGUCGUAAUAUAACAUUGUUGAAGAGAAGUACCACAUGAUAUCUUAUCACCGUUCAGUAUGGAGUCUAUGAAAAAGAUAUCAGAAUGUCCAGCCAUGUCUAUGACAUCCGAGGGCCCAGGCCUCAGACUCCUUUCGAUUCGGUUUUGCCUCCACAUUUGGCAAAGAAUUAAGGAUACAUGCAGCUCCACCAGAAUUACUUGCACAGUUUUGAGGCUGUUUAAGCUUCACUUUAUAUUGAUUUUAGCCCAUGCAUAGCUGAACUUGAUGAGGUUAAUCUUUCUGUAACAUUUCACAAUGGUAAAAUACUUCCCUCUUAACAAACUCAUCUCCGUCUUGAGGUGAGCGCAUCCAUGUACAUUAUGUUAUCGGUAGGUUAGAUUUAAGAGUUGUGUAUAAACCACAGUCAGCAGGCUAACUCUGACUUUCCUUCUUCAACUAGCAAGUGUUAAUUCUUCAAACCUUGUAGAGAUAGGUUGCAGUGCCAUUUCUUUUCUUUUCUAAAGUAAAUGGCAACCAUAUUUUUCUUUCUCUCUGUUGUAGUGUUGUAUACUUUGUAGACAAAAACCUCUAAAGAGAUAUACUUCGACAGGGAUUGAUGAAUCAGCAUUCAGUAGCAUUUGCUCACAGAAAAUAGGAUUCUUUUUU